AUGAGGUCUCUGAUCUUGACCAUGUGCCUCCUGGGCCUGAUGCUGUGGCCUGCUGCCCUCUCUCUGAAAAUAUGUGCCUUCAACGUGCAGUCGUUUGGGGAGGCCAAGGCCCACAAUAAGAAGGUCAUGGAUGUGUUGAUCAAGAUCAUUGCUCGCUGUGACCUGUGUCUAGUCCAGGAAGUUCGCGACUCCAAAGGAAAAGCCAUACCGACACUCGUGAAACAUCUCAACAAAUUUGAUAAAUCUCAUUCAUAUGCUCAUUUAGAGAGCAAAAGACUGGGAAAGACGACCUACAAGGAGCAGUAUGUGUACAUAUACCGGCAAGAUGUCCUGGAGGUAAAAGAUCAUUACUACCUACAGGAGGGAGGAUCCAAUCUCACCAAGCUCUUCAGCCGGGAGCCCUUCAUCAUCCGGGUCCAGUCCCCUUCCACUCUGGUGAAGGAUUUUGUCCUGGUGGGACAGCACACAUGUCCUAAGAAUGCCAUGCAGGAGAUUGAACAGCUCUAUGGGGUAUACACGGAAAUCAGCAAGAAAUGGAAAACUCAGAAUGUGAUGUUUCUGGGGGAUCUCAACGCGGGCUGCAGCUACAUCACAGUGAAGGGCUGGAAGGCCAACCGCCUGAGGAACGACCCCAAGUUCCGCUGGCUGAUUGGAGAUGAAGUGGACACCACCGUGCGAGAGAACACCCGCUGUGCUUACGACAGGAUUGUUGUUCAUGGAAAAGAGCUCAACUAUGGGAUUGUUCCUGACUCUGCUCAGCCUUUCAACUUCAAGAGGGAGUUUCAGCUGUCAGAGGAGGAGGCAUUGGAGAUCAGUGAUCACUACCCAGUGGAAGUAGACCUGAAACCCAGUCACCGCUACAUGCUACGCAGUGAGCUCUGAUGCUGCUGUCACAACAUGACUGCCGCACAGCUGGCCAAUGCACACACAUGCACACGUGCAUUGCACACAGAGAAAGGGAAGUACCUCUGUGCACAGUACAUCAGUGGUUACAACUGCUGGGGCAGUAACCUUCUGUGAAACAAUUGAUGUACUGUGCUUACAAAAGUCCUUGUUAGAUAAUCAUGUACCUUCUGAGGUACAAUAUAUGUGAUUAUAAAGGGUCUGCUCUGUACCCUGCUUGAUGCAAAACAAAACCGAGAGCACGGUUUUGUUCCAGGAGGUAAUAUAUUUUAUCUUUUGUGUACCUGCUCUAUUUUAUCACUGUGUGUGUAUGCAUUAGCUGUGACAAAAGUCAUUUUUAUACAGAAGAAAGGAAAGAAGAAAGGUCAAAUAAAAAUGCA